AUGGCGACGGAUAUCGAAAACCCAAUCAACUUUGUUGCUUUUCAGCAGCAAGGUGUCAUUUCCCCCCAGAUUGGACACCUCGACACAAAAUCGCAUAGUAUUCAGCCCCUCAGCUUCGACUCUGGUACACCUGUUGAGAACUUGUAUCAGGUCAUCGUGGCGGGCGGACACGUAUACAAAGCUUCUGGUCCCGUCUUACGCAUGCAGGAUGUGAAGCUAUUGCCUCCUAUCUCAGGGCGGGAUGUCCUCGCUGUUGGCAAGAACUACAUGGAGCAUGCGAAGGAAUUCAACAGCUCAGGCUACGAUAGCUCUGACAAGGUGGACUUGCCAAGUCAUCCUGGAUUCACCGAGAGCGCCGAUUACGAAGGCGAAAUUGGUGUAAUCAUUGGUAAACCAGGGUACAAGAUUAGUGAGAACAAGGCUUGGAAAUACGUAUGGGGAUACACCAUUAUCAACGACGUUACUGCUAGGGAACGACAAAGAGACCACAAGCAGUUCUACAUUGGAAAAUCUGCAGACACUUUCUGCCCCAUGGGCCCUAUUGCUGUACGGAAGGAGGACCUACCGGAUUGGGGUCGGUCCUUGCGUUUGCAGACCCAUGUCAAUGGAGAACUUCGACAAGAUGCCACGGCCAAGGAUCUGAUCUUUUCCAUCCCUCAUCUUAUCAGCACGCUGUCUGCGGGCCAGACCCUCCAGCCAGGUGAUGUUAUCGCUACGGGCACUCCUGCCGGUGUUGGUAUUGGCAAGGCUCCUCCGGUCUUUUUGAAACCUGGCGAUGACCUCGCUGUCACCAUCUCUGGCCUUGGUACCCUGAGAAAUAGAGUUGCCGAGCACUCGCAGAUGAAUCCCACUGAAGUCAAAGUCCAGGCACAGUCCACCGAGCUAUUUCGCCUUGAAAACAGCGAGAAGUCAAAGCAAGCUCAGUUCGGCCUGAACAAGAACGUCGGUCGCUUCGGGGCAGGUUACCAGCGUUUUGGUGUGGGAAAAGACCACAUCAUUUUUGUCCAUGGUCUUGGAGGCACCAAAGACUACUGGCUGCCAUUGAUAACUGCUCUUGAACUCGGAGACUCCGCCUCGGUACACGUGUAUGACUUUGCAGGACAUGGCCUUACACCAACGCACCCUCUGGACACCAUCACGACCGACUUCCUUUCACAAGAUCUUUCGGAAGUUUUCAGUCUAGCCGAGGUGAAUUCAGGCACUUCACCUGCAACUCUGGUUGCUCACUCUUUCGGAUGCCUGAUCGCCAUUAAUUAUGCCCUCGCGCAUCCCGGACGCGUCAAAAAAUUGGUCCUCUUGGGGCCACCUCCCUUGCCUUUACCUUCCUCGGAGAAGGAGAAAUUAAUCAGAACUGCGGCUCUCGCAAGAACUCGGGGCUUGUCCGAAAUUAUCGACAACGUAGUCGCGACCCAAGUCUCAGGUCAUACCAAGAGAAACAACCCUUUGGCGGUGGCUGCUGUGCAGCUCAGUCUCGCCGGUCAAAACCCUGAAGGUUACGCCAAGGCAUGCUCAGCUUUUGCUUCGAAUGAGGCCAUUGACCUCCAAGGGCUCGAAGGGCUUGAUGUGGAGACUCUGCUGGUAACGGGAGAAGAGGACUCCAUAUCGUCCCCAGCGGUGGUCAAAGAUUACGUGCAGAGAAUAAAUGGUUCUCGCAAGACUGUGCUCCCAAACGUAGGCCACUGGCAUGUCUUUGAGGAUUUCGCUGGUGUAGGCCAGCGUCUUCGAGAGUUUUUGUGA